AUGGAUAAGACAUCAGUUUUGGGUGACACCAUAAAGUACUUGGAACACCUUCAGGACAAGGUCAGCAGCUUGGAGGAGCAAGUCAGCAGGAAUACAAUGGACUCCGUCGUGCUCGUCAACAAGUCCCAUGUAGUCGAGGAUGAGGGCUCGUCCGACGAGCGGAGCUGGGCCGGGCCGAUAGACGGGCCAGAGAUCGAGGCCCGGGUCAGUGGGAAAAGUGUCCUGCUAAAGCUCAUCUGUGAGAAGCAGAAAGGGGUUUUGGUGAGGCUGGUGGCCGAGGUCGAGAACCUGGGCUUGACCGUGGUCAGCACGAGCGUCACGCCUUUCGGGGGCUUCUCGCUUGCCAUUACGAUUAUUGCUGAGAUGGAUACAGAAGACAGCUUAUCAGGCAAAGACAUGGUGAAAGCGCUACGUUUAGCUCUAAAGUCUGCCGGUAAUUAA